UUCAGAUCAACAAGGACAAUUUACUGAAGAUGAUGGGUUUCAAUGGAUUUAAACAGAAUCCAGAUAGGUUUAAGCUGUUGUGGGCGCUUUCAAGCUUUAAAACAUGGAAAAUCAUUUCAUUCUUAUUUAAUCAGACUUGGACUGUUGAGUGAAGUAUUUCUUGCAAACAAUACGAUAUCCAUGUAUGUGAAAUGCUCUCAUUUAGAUGACGCACAAAAGCUUUUCGAUGAAAUGCAUGAUCGAAAUAUCAUUGCUUGGACAACAAUGGUAUCCGCUUAUACCAACCGUGGGAGGCCUCGUGAGGGUCUUAAACUUUAUAGUCAGAUGCUGGAAUCUAGAACACAGGAACCCAAUGAAUUUUUGUACUCUGCUGUUUUGAAGGCAUGUAGUCUCGUGGGAGAUGCUGAGUUGGGUAAGCUGAUUCAUCAAGAUAUAUCUAGAGCUAAGUUGAAGUGUGACACUGCUUUGAUGAAUGCACUCCUGGACAUGUAUGCCAAAUGUGGAAAUUUGAGGGAUGCUCAGCAAGUUUUCAACUCAAUCCUGUGUAAAAAUUCAACUACGUGGAACACCCUUAUUUUGGGUUAUACUAAAGAAGGAUUAAUGGACGAAGCCUUGGAAUUGUUCAAUCGAAUGCCAGAACCCGAUCUUGUAACUUGGAACAGUAUCAUUGCUGGCCUCGCAUAUAACGGUAGUCCACAAGCAUUGCAAUUUGUAUCUAUGAUGCAUAGGAGGGGCCUUAAACCAGAUGCAUACACAUUCUCAUGUGCGCUUAAAACCUGCAGUUAUCUUGAUGAUUUAAUCACAGGAGGACAGAUUCAUUGUCAUAUAAUUAAGUCUGGCUUUGAGUCUAACAUUUACAAUAUAUCAGCAUUGGUUGACAUGUAUUCAAAUUGCAAGUUUUUAACUGAAGCAAUCAAGGUAUUUGAUCAAUACUCUACGAGCUGUCCUGUCACUCUAGGUUUGGCGCUCUGGAAUUCUAUGCUUUCUGGAUAUGUUGUCAAUGAAGAUUACACAAAGGCUCUUAAUAUGAUUGCACAUAUUCAUAAUUCUGGUGCACAAUUUGAUUCCUAUUCUUUUAGUAUUGCUUUAAAGAUCUGCAUCUACUUUAAGAAUUUGAGACUGACAUCUCAGGUGCAUGGUUUGGUAAUAACUUGUGGCUAUGAGUUAUACUCUGUUGUUGGAAGCAUUCUUAUUGAUCUAUAUGCAAAACAAGGCAGUAUUGACAGUGCACUUAGAUUGUUUGAAAGGAUGUCAGAUAAGGAUACUGUGGCUUGGUCUAGUUUGAUUGCUGGAUGUGCUAGACUGGGUUUAGGUGCAUUAGCUUUUUCUCUCUUUGCGGAUAUGGUCAAGUUAGAUCUCGAAAUUGACCAAUUUGUCAUAUCCAGCCUUCUUAAAGUUUCUUCAAGUUUAUCAUCUCUGCGAAGUGGCAAGCAAAUCCAUGCUUAUUGUGUCAAAAAGGGAUAUGAAUCAGAAGGUGUUACCAUGACAUCACUUGUUGACAUGUAUGCAAAAUGUGGUGACAUCAAUGAUGGUUUAGCUUUGUUUAGUUGUCUUUCAGAAAUAGAUACUGUAUGUUGGACAGGGAUUAUUGUGGGAUGUGCACAAAAUGGAAGAGCAGUCGAGGCAAUUAGGCUUCUGCAAGAGAUGAUAAAAUCAGGUUUCCAGCCUAAUGAAAUCACCUUUAUUGGUGUUCUUACUGCCUGUAGACACGCUGGUCUAGUCAAGGAGGCAUGGGCUAUAUUUGAUUCUAUUAAAACUGAACAUGGACUAAUACCAUGCCCAGAGCACUACCAUUGUAUGGUUGAUCUGCUUGGCCGAUCAGGACACUUCAAAGAAGCAGCAAAAUUGAUUAAUGACAUGCCAUUUGAACCUGACAAAACCAUAUGGCGCUCUUUGCUCAAUUCAUGUGUCAUGCACAAGAAUCGGGAGCUUGCAAAGAUUGUUGCUGAGCAUCUUCUAGCUACCACACCAGAAGAUGCUUCUACAUAUGUAACGGUGUCAAAUGUAUACGGAGCUCUGGGAAUGUGGGAUAGUUUAAGCCAAGUUAGGGAAGCUGUCAAGACAGUAGGGACAAAGGAAGCUGGAAAAAGCUGGAUUGAAAUUGCGAGUUGAAAAGCUUGAUUUGUUUAUAGCAUGGUUUGGCCAGAUUAAUCCUUAGUAUUAAAAAACAAAAUUUUUGGGAUGAUCAAUUGAACUGUCUGACCUCUAACAACUGAGAACUAUCUAAACUGAGAAAGAAGACCUUUAUGUGUUCAAUGGCUGCAUUCAUUCAAGAAAGAGCAUCGAAACACCACAUUCAUAUGAAAUGUGGAUGGGAGAUGAUUUAGCUCAAAAGCACCACAUUUGGACGCAGCAAAUUUCCUCUUCGGAGGGGAAUUUUUGUGGCACAAGGAGAAUUGGCCUCGGUGAAUGGAUUUUUGGCCACAGUGAUCACAUCAGAUGGUGAACUUAAGAGAAGGCUGGCAACAUUAUGAAACAGAGAAAGGGAGGAGGAGAAAAAUGGAGCUGUGCUCGGGUGUUAUAUUUUUGGUCUUGGGAACUUGUUCAACCACCUUGGGAUGCUAAAAUCUUGAGGACAAGACCUGCUACACAUCUUUACUCUCUCAUUCCAUGAGAUUUCUUGGUUAAGGUUGAAGGAUUUUAGGGGUAGGUGAUGCAAUCUCACAUGGGCUUGAGUUUUAUUUCUUAUAUGGCAUUAGAUUCUUGUUUCUGCUUGGUGAUUUUACAUCUUCAGCGCUUGGGUUUUGAGUUUUACUGCUUGAUGAUAUGAUUUGGGGUUUAACUUAGGGUUAAUCUCUGUGGGUAUGAGAUGCACGAAUUCAGAAGGUGAUUGAUGACCAAUCUAGGUGUUCUUUUCGGAUUUUUGAACUGUGGGAAGAAGUUAAAUCUGUUUAAUUGCAAGGAUAUUUGGGUUGGUUGAUGAACCUUAAUUCUCUGCGGGACCUGAAUGUCUGCUGCUAGAAUUGGUGCUUGCUCUCUACAUCUAGUAUGCAAUGCACUGAUCUAUUAAUAUCAAAAUAUCUGAACCUUUGAACAAAAUCCUAUAAUCAUAACCGUCCCCUUCAGCCCCCAAAGUUAGAUUCCUUAUCCUAUCCUGGAUGCAUUGCUGACAACCCUUCAACUGAGGGCGAGAAGAUGCGUCUGUGCAUGCGAAGGUGCCAUGGGUGAGACGGUGGUAUGAAUUUCAGAAUCCUCGCCUCUUCAUUUUUCAAGCUCGGAAAUCCUUGUUUGUUGCAGAAUGAGAAGCUUCUUCAUCCAGGUCUUCAACUGCAUGAAAUUAGUGGGAACAAGAAGCUUUUUCGAUCCAAACCUUCCAUAGUGGCUUGUGAGUGGCUGUUUUGACUUGCUUCUUCAAUCUCAUUAAUCUAGUUGCUUCUUCGAUCCGAAUCUGCGCAUGAUCAAAUGCUGACUUGCUUCUUCCAUCUCUCCUUCGAAAUUGAAAUUUGAACUAAUCUGUUUGGUCCGAUAU